AUGCAGCGCACGGAGUUGGUCAAAACGAAUGUCAACGCCUGGACGAGACAAGGCGAGGCGGCAAAAAUAAAAGAGCGAGCGGACGGGUCUCGAGGGACGGAGAUGAAGAGUUUUACCCUGUUUCGACGGGCAGAAAUGAAUGUCGCGGAAUGCAAUUCCAGCGGUCGACGGGAAGCCCCUGCACCGACGGCUCGGGCGGGAGACGACGAGCAGAACGAGGGGAGGCCAGCGGUCAGCGCUGACGGGCCGGGAGAGAGACGAUGGAAUGAACCUCCCUUCUUCUUCUUCUCCCUUUUCUUCUCUUCAUCUUCUCUUCUUCUAUUUCUCUUCUAUUUUUCUUCUUUUCUGGGUGUUUUUUUUUUUUUUUUUUUUUUGUUUGGCGGAGAGUCACGUGAAAUCCAGACUUUCUCGGCCUUUUUUUUUUUUUUUGAUAUCAAAAAGAAGCAGAAGAAGCGAAGACGAAGAAGAAGAAAGACGAGACAGAGAAGAAAAGAGAAGAUUGAGGGGAUGAUGAUGCCGAUGAUGAUGUACAGAGCUGCAGCGACGGUGCCUGUCGGGUCGGAGUCUGUCUGUGGAACUGUCUCCAGCCGGCUUCUCCAGGCAGUCGACCGGCACGCUGGCUAG